AUGAUCUGUCUCCCAGUCCAAACGCCAACCACAGACCGGGAAGUACUGGAUACUGCUACUGCUCUCUGCUCCGUGACUGGUGUCAGUAUUAGUGAAGAACGAGAAAAAUCCUAUAAGGUCUGCCCGCCUCGCCUUCUCGUCGUGUCUUCUCACAAGACUUUCAGAAUCAAGCGAUUCUUGGCCACGAAACAAAAGCAAAAUCGUCCUAUUUCUCAGUGGAUUUGGAUGAAAACUGGCAACAAAAUCAGGUACAACUCCAAGAGAAGACACUGGAGGAGAACGAAGCUGGGUCUGUAAGGAGUCAACAAUGGCAAGAUAGUUUACGCUGAAUCGUGGUCCUGGAUGAGUGUUAUAAGAUGGAGUUCAACAUUUUCAAC